AUGGCCAAGCAGGACCUGCCUAAGAACCUGAGGUCUCGGAUCACCGCCCUCGAUACAGCUAAGUUGGUCUUGGGUGCAAUAGUCAACUCAAUAACCGAGGACCAGGAUUGGGUCUAUGCACGUUAUACCGACAAAUCCAACCAAACUGGUGUCGUUCAGGCCAGGUUUCUUGUCGGCGCGGAUGGCAAGACGGGAUUUACACGCAAGCAAUACCUUGAGCCUAAAGGAGUUACCAUGGGACAAGCUUUAGAUGUGCCAUAUGAGCAGGACUGGGUAGCCCCCAACUGGGAAAUCUCUCUUCCAACGCCAUCAACACACCCUGAUUUUCCGCUCUGGGACAAGGGUUAUAGCCCGCAGCAAGUCUAUGACGAAUUCUUUCCUCGGGACUUUCGGUUCUUGUGUAAUCCUGUCCGUGCUACAGUUUGCGGCCGCUUUGGGCUCAAUAGUGAUAGAUUGUGGCGUUUCGAGUUUGUCGUCCUCGAUGGAGAGAACCCAACUGAGAUGGCCAAGGAAGAACAGGUCGCUGCAAUCGCUCACCCAUACAUUACUCAUCCAGGCAGCCGCUACGGUAUCAUUUACAAGAGGAUCACCUACCCGCUAGACUGUAUCAAAGUUCUUCGAUGUCGGCCAUUUCGGUUCUCGGCAAGAAGCUGCAACAAAUGGUCUCUUGAUCGGGUUGUGCUAUGCGGGGACGCUGCCCACGUAUUUCCGCCCUUCGGUGGACAGGGAAUUGCUUCAAGCUUCCGUGAUGCCUGCCAGGUCAUGGAUGUUGGUACUUCGGCCAACACUCGGCUAAAGUUGAAAGUCCGCGACCCUCAUUGA